CAGCUGACUGGUCACACUGGCAGCAGACGUCACAAUAAAUUCUAUUAUUUUGUUUUGUGCUAAAAGUUAGCAGGCCAGCGAACGUGGACUAGCCCACAAACAACGGCAGCAUGGCGAGCGGGACAAGCGGCACAAGCAGCAGUGGAGCGGCCCAGUCGACGGACACGGCACCAUCAUCGGCAGAAAAGUGGGGCUUCCCUUUGAUUGAGCUCUACCGCCUGGCAUUCACAUUCUAUAAGCGAAACUCCGGCAAGGCCAUCCACCUGUCGUACGAGGACAACCUCAAGCUGAUCGCCUUCAAGCAGCAGGCGGCGCUGGGCCCCUUCAACACGAGUCGCGCCCCGGCGCUGGGCGUUCUGGACGUGAUCGGACGCGACCGGCAGCAGCACUGGCAGCUGCUGGGUGAGAUAACGCGCGAGCAGGCGAUGGAGGGGUUCGUCGACCUGCUGGACACAAUGUGCAGCGCCUUUCGGCCGUACAUUGAGGCCGUGCGGCAGGACCGCGACGAGACGCUGCGCAAGGAGCUGCGCCUCAUGGAGCAGGAGAAGGAGGCACGCGAGCGACAGGAGAACGCCCAGCUGGAGCAGCUCAUGGAGGCGUACAAGGAGGAGCUGCAGCGCCGCCAGCUGCAGGACGCACUCAACAAGCAGACCUACCAGCAGUUUAAGCUGUACGCCGAGAAGCAGUUCCCCGGGAACCCCGAGCAGCAGGGCGUGCUUAUCCACCAGCUGCAGCGGGAGCACUACCACCAGUACAUGCAGCAGCUUCAACUGCAGAACCAGAAUCAGAACACGGAGGACAAGGGACACCAGGAAGCAGAACACGUCCCUGGCAAUAACAACAACAGCACCACCGACUUGCCCAACGCCAUGGAAGGACUGAAGCUCGGUGAGGUCGAGUCACAGCAGCACCAGCAGCUGGCCGAGCAGCAGGACGGGCAUGUAGAGCAGACGUUGGAGGGCGUUGGGCAGGAACAGCACGGCGAGGAAGAGUACGACGACUACGUCAUGAUCUGCCCGGCCAAGAUCUGGACUCGUCCCGAUAUCGAGCAGUUUAAGACUGAGGUGUCUGCCGGCGAUGGCGACGGCGUCAUCACCAUUGGACACGGCGACACGGUGACGGUCCGUGUGCCCACCAACAUGAACGGCAAGUGCAUCUUCUGGGAGUUCGCCACGGACAGCUACGACAUCGGCUUCGGCAUCUACUUCGAGUGGGCCAAGCCCGUGACCAACGAGGUGACUGUGCAUGUGAGCGACUCCGACGAGGACGAGGAUUGCGUGGACGAGGACUACCUAUCCACCACCGAGGACCUGGAGUCGGGCUCGCUGUCGCAGGAGCGCGGCGCAGUUAACAACCCGACUGCUGCCCCCAAGGCACCCAUUUCCAUUAUCGUGCCCAUCUAUCGGCGGGAGUGCUACAACGAGGUCUACGUGGGCUCCCACUCCUAUCCGGGCGAGGGCGUCUAUUUGCUGAAGUUCGACAACAGCUACAGCAUUUGGCGCAACAAGACGCUGUACUACCGCGUCUACUACGAGCGCUAAGAGGCCAAAAUGUAUUUACUAUCCACUAACUUAGAUGAAUCCUAUCUCCGUACGAACGGCUCAUGUGCAAGUCCGGAAUAAUCUGUAUGUGCGUGUGCGUGUGGUUUUGGUUUUACGUGUGCGUUGCUGCAACUCCGGGAAACAAGCGGCGGGAAUAGACCAUGCCGAUUUCAGACUAAACCAAUUUUAUUUAUUAUUUAGUUGUAACCGACGAAGACAAGUCCAAAAUUCAAUUUGAAACUAAUAAACAAUAUAAAGACAACUGUAAA